UUGAAUUUCCAUUUUUGGGCACUCGUCUUUUCACUUCUAUGUAGUAUAUUGUCAAUUCGCGCUCUCGGGACAUGGACUCGGCGACCACUUCUUGUGAAGCCGACGAGUGGGAACUUUAUAACGACGAUGGCUUCGUCUACAAGCGUAAGAAGCACCGCCUCGACCCAGCGGCCGCUGCACAGACGUCGAAUACGGAUCCAGAGGCGGAGGAGAGGAAUCGGAGGGAGCGUAAGAGAGCGACGCUGCUGAAACUGAAGGCCCGGUACCAGAGUGAGAUCGACCGGUGGGAGCUUUUGUCGGAAGCCUUGCGUGCAAUGAAGGAGAAAUCCCGUCACUGUGAGAGUCAGAGUUCGGUCAGACAGCAACAAUUAAGCGAACGAGAGGAAAAAGAGCUCACGGCGUCGUUCAGUUCUUCGUCUUUGCAUUUGCCUGAAUUUGUUAAUGGGUCACUAGUGGAUGAGCUCCUCUUGCAGGUGGAAGCCGAGGAAGCGGUAAUUCAUGAUGUCUCACAUCUAUGCGAUGUAGCAGAAGCUAUGUGCAGUGCACAAGAGGAACGAUUGAAGCAAUCUUUAAUCGAUCUUCCAAUAUGGGCUUCACCACAUGAGCUCAUUGCAUCACUGUGUGAUGAUUGAGUUUUAUCAGGAUGGGAAGGGAACAAUCGAAGCCUGUGGUAUGUUUGAAACUUCACCUGUAAGCUGUAACAGUAAUUUUAGUGCUCCAAGAAGAAGGCCUUGCUAUUGUAAUCCGUUGUCAUGUAGAAACUCUCUACUUUCAGACAGAUGGGAAAAACUUAUUAGAGUUUAGUGGUUUUUAAUUUUAGAUCAUGUGAUUUAUUAGGGGCUGUUGUAAUUGAACUAAUCAUCUAAUGAAUGGAGAGAAGAUGGAGAAUGCAUGAAGUAA